AUGAAGCUCGAUGCAAAGGCACUUCGAUACAUGUCUUCGGACGAAUUCCGAGUCUUGACUGCGGUCGAGAUGGGAUCUAAGAACCAUGAAGUAGUACCUACUUCUCUAAUUGCUCAGAUUGCGCAACUCAGAACUGGUGGUAGUCACAAGAUCGUUGGAGAUUUAGCAAAGACAAAGCUAAUUGCCCGAGUCCAGAAUUCUAGCUAUGACGGCUAUAGACUAACUUAUGGUGGAUACGAUUACCUCGCUUUGAAAACUUUUGCCAAGAGAGGUACCGUCUACUCUGUUGGUAAUCAAAUCGGUGUUGGAAAGGAGUCAGAUAUUUAUCUAGUUGCCGAUGAAGAGGACAAUCAGCAUGUAUUGAAGUUGCAAAGACUUGGUCGUAUGUCCUUCCGUACUAUCAAAUCAAAGAGAGAUUAUCUUCAGAACCGAAAGUCGGCUUCGUGGAUGUACAUGUCUCGUCUUGCAGCAAUGAAAGAGUUUGCAUUUAUGAAGGUGCUUCAUGAAAACGGCUUCCCCGUCCCUGAGCCAAUUGAUUACAGCAGACAUUGUGUUGUUAUGGAGCUCAUUGAUGCUUUUCCUCUGCGACAAGUGGAUGAGGUCGGAAACCCCGGAAAGCUGUAUUCAGAGUUGAUGAAUAUGAUUGUUAAAUUGGCUCAGUACGGUUUGAUCCACGGUGAUUUCAACGAAUUCAACAUUUUGAUCCGAAGCAAUGGCGAACCUGUUCUCAUCGAUUUCCCCCAAAUGGUUUCUACCUCUCAUAUUAAUGCCGAAUAUUACUUUGACCGUGAUGUUGACUGUAUCCGUACAUUCUUCCGACGUCGUUUUGGUUACGAAAGUGUUUUAUAUCCCAAGUUUAAACUCGAUGUCAACAGAGAAUUCAGCUUAGAUGUUCAGGUAGCCGCAAGUGGCUUCACCAAAAAGAUGCAAAAAGAACUAGAACAAGUAAGUCUAGGAAAACAAAUUUAG